CAGUGAUUCUGCAUAAUAUUGUUGAUUUUUAUAUCUGUGAUACGCUUUGACAGCUGCGUGUAAAGAGAAUCGCAUAGAGUCGCGGCAACACAAUUGAACGCAACGUUGCGACAUGUAAUUAACGAUUAAAAGGUGGUGUAACAUGACAUCGGGUAAAAAAUUAUUUCUGUGUUGAAAUAUUUGUAAAACGUCAAAUAAGCGAACAUAAAUUAUGCCACGAACAAACAGGAAGAGACAUCGCAACAAGGAAGAAGAGUCCAGCGAGUUCAUGCCGCUGAGCAAACGCAUCAACAAUCUUCACAUCAACGGUUUAUCCGGAUUACGAGACAAUGCGGUGGGUAGCACUGUGGAGAGCAUGGAAACCGACUGGGAAAGUGGCAACAAUUUCAUAUCGUCUCCGACGAGUUAUUCAGAUCUUUCUCAAAAUUCAUCGCCCACGGACAGCAGCAGUCAGAGCAGUUUUGCCGGCGAUUACAGACCUGAUUUAGAUGCAUCGGAGAAUCCCUUUUAUUACGAAAGCAACAAGUUGCUUUUCACAUUAUACAUGGAACGUAUGCAAAGGAGGCCAGAUCUGUAUUAAAUAUGUAAAAGAUAUAAACUUUUCGCAUGACUCAAUUUUUUUGUUCUACAUACAAAAAAAAACGAACUUUCUCUCUAGUAACAUUUAAAUUCAUAUCUUAACGUCAUCAUGUUGUUUCAUCACAAUCUCAUGUUGCAUAUGUUGCAAGCCAAUCCACUUCAAAUUCAGAUCAUCUGCUCUCAAUUUCUUUUUGUUAUUUAUAUACGCUAAUCAAAUUAGAUUUUAAACUGUCAUUCUGUAUUAACAAUUGUGUAGUUAGUCAAUAGAAAACAAUAUCAUUGCUAAUAUCUCUAAUAAAUAAAUACAUUUUUUAUAAGAAAAUCAGCACAAUAUCAUAUUACAUCAUAAAAUUCAAAACACCAUUUGUACAUCGUAAAGAAGUUUUUAUUCAUGUAAAAAAUUUGUGUGUAAAUAAGCAAAUAGAAAUUAACGAAUUAUAACUAUGAUAAAAAAAAAAAAAAAAAAAAAAAAGAAACACAUGGAUGUUACGAUAGAUGUCAUUCCGCUAUUCGAAUCACAUCGUCAUUAUGUGUCGUCACACUUCUCUGUUACAAAAAAGUGUUCUACGUACGUUUUUACACACACGUGCCAGAAAUAUACAUUACGCAAGAUACUCACGAAAGUUUGAAACACAUGUAAACGCAAAAGGGUAGGGAUAAUAAAGUAUAAAUCGGAACACACGUGUAUGGACCAGUA